AUGUGGCAUCUCGACUGGAGUGAUACCACGGCCGCACAGAACACCAGCGUAACACAACACUUCAUUCGCGGUGUAAUAACCAAGCUGUUCUCGAGGACGAGCCUGCAGUGUCUGGAGGACAAUGAAGGAAUAUCAAUAAGUAGAGGCAAUGUCGGGCGAGCAAUAUAUUGCGACACUUCCGCGCGUAGUUUGUUGCCCGCCGGAGCCGCGGCCCGCACAGGAAGCUCGCUAAAAACUUCCUUCCACUCGAUCCCGAGAAAUACGAUCAUCCCCCUGACUCCCCGCUCCCCGCACCCCACCCCGCGGCCCAGAGAUUGCAUGAUGCAGGCUCUACAGAAGGUGCACUACACAUUGUCCAAGUGUAGAGAGCUGCCAACGUUACGAUGCUUCGUCCGUGGAGAUGAGCGCAGCGCGCGAGCCGCGCUCGCCGCCGACCUUCUGUCUCGCUCGCUCCCCCCGCCCCCAGCAUGCUGCACGCUCAUAGGCCGAGCGCAGCACGGCCACUCCCCGUGCGGCGCACGCGCACCCUUCUCUACACACUCCUUUACUUCACAUUCCUCGCUGGAGGCGGCACAUCGCGACUCCGCGGCUUUAUACCCGAGCGCCGCGCGCCGGCCCGUCACUAUGCAGCCGCUGCGCAGAAGGCUGAGCACACACCCUCCGUCCCGGCACUCACUAUCAGCCUGCAAUGGAUGUGAAACGCGUCUAGUCCCGGCGCGGGCGACACAUCGUUACAUUGAUGGAUGUGUAGACGAGCUGCGAUCAAUACUACACACGUGGCGCGGCGCCGCUCGCUCCUGCACCGCACACUGCAGGCAGUCUGUGUGUGUGUGUGCGGAAUCGUUUAGGAGGCUCCCGGGCCUGAUGGAGAGUGGCACAGGUCGCACGUCGCCGCAAUUAAUGGCCGUGAGUCGGCGGAGACAAGUGUCCGCUGAGUGCGCGCUCGUUAGCUGUGCCACGCACACUGACGCAGUGCUAAUGCCACAGACGUGCUUUCCCUUGUCAAGUGCGAGCUCAUGGUCGAGCUCGGAGGCCGCACACGUCGUGCAGGACGCGCCGCUGUACCCCGCGCUGCGGGACGACGCGGCCGACACGACCAGCGCCACCCCCACCAGCACGCCCUGCGGCGACACGGAGCAUGCUGACGCCGCCAGGAGCAAGCGAGCUAGCGCACAGGACUGGGAGAGAGCGCCCAAAGCUCACGUGCCGGAGCGGCGCGUAAAAACGGGCGAUACGAUCCUGAACAUCCGCGGUGCGGUGCGGGACGCCAUCGGCGACGCGGGAGCCGCGCCCGGUCCGCGCGCCUCGUCUCGCCUCGACACCUUCGUCAUCCGUCCUGCGCAGGCGCAGCAGCAGCGCAAGCCGCAGCACGACCAGCCCGCGCCACACGUGCCGAAGUACGAGCGCGAGCUACUGGUGGAGGCGCAUGCGCGCGCGCGCAUCGAGUGUGACGUCAGCAACGGCAGCGACGUGCGCUGGUACAAGGACGGCGAGCUGGUGGCGGCGCGGAGCGGGGGCGCGCCCGCGGGGGGCGAGGGCGUGUGGCGGGAGGGGGGCGCGCUCGUAGUGGGCCGCGCCACGCGCGGGGACGCCGCCGCCUGGCGCUGCCUUUACAGCGACCACACGGGGAAGACUGUCUCCGGCAAACCCACCAAGCUGCUCAUAUAUGGUGAGUGGUGCAUGGCAUGCGAGGCGAGCUCUGGUGGCGAGUGGCAAGUGCUGAUACAGUGUGGGUGUACAGAGCCGGUGCGCGCCGUGUACCUGGCGGUGGACGGGCGGCGCCUGGACGCGGGCAACACCUGGGUGCCCGUCAGAGACAAGACUGAGCUGGAGGUGCGCUGCGUGGCUGAAGGUACUCAACGAUCCCGUCCCAGCUCCACGGCACGUGACGUGCAGCAGGUAUUGACUGGUAGUACUGUGCAGGCGGCGUGCCCCCCCCUGAGCUGUCGUGGCGGCUGCUGGCGCUGGAGCCGGCGCUGGACCACCGGCCCUACCUGCGCAUACACCACACCAACUACUCCAUCGGUGAGUCGGCUGGCGACGCGUAGCGCUAGUGUGUGGGGUCGCGUGGCGAGGUGUGUACGUAGCGUGUGUCCGACAGAGGGCGUGUCGGUGUCGCACGCCGUGGUGACGGCGGCGCGCGAGCUGCACAACGCCACGCUGCAGUGCGACGCGCGCCAGCGCACGCCCCCCUCCAGGCCGGGCCCCGCCGCCCCCGCUGCCCCCGCCGCCCCUGCUGCCCCCGCUGGUCCUGCCGCCCCAGCCAGCCCCAGCGCUGCCUCCACCCACCUACUCAGCGCAAAGUUAGAGAUACACGUGACGUACCCGCCGUCGUUCGUGAUCUCCCGGUGGCCGGGGUUCGGAGUGUCGCUGUCGGCGGGGGGGGCGGCCGCGCUGCGCUGCGACGUGGACGCCAACCCCCCCGCGCGCGCAUGGUGGCUGCGGGACGACGCCAACCCUACGAGCUCCCCGCCGCCGCUGGAGGCGGGCGACGAGGGCGCGCGGGGCUCCGCCACGCUGCGCUGGGGGGCGCUGCGCCCCUCCCACGCCGGCUGGUACCGGUGCCGCGCCACUUGGCUCGACACCGAGUACUCCUCCAUCGGGUACUACCUCAACGUCAUGUCGGCCGAGGAGAACACGGAGACUGCCACCGAGCCGGAGGCGGAGCCCGAGGAGCCCGACCAUCAGAAAGUGGAGGUCCCACUCGGUGGGAACGUGCAGCUACACUGCCCUAAAGGUGAGACACCACAACACUUAGCGAUAAACACACACACAAUCAUGCACAAUCAUUUUGAAGUGUAUUCCUCGUCGGCUCAGUCGUUUGACUGGUCUGCCAGCAGUCCACCAGUGACGGUGUUUGGUGUUUGUACAGGGAGCGUGGGCUGCUGGUGGCGGCGCGUCGUCGGCAACUCCAGCGAGAGCUGGGCGCCGGCAGGCUCGCACCACGCACACGGGGUUCUAGGUAUCAAAGACGCACUGUACCAGGAGGGAGGCGAGUACAGGUGCGUGGGGGCGCGCGCGCCGGACCUCAUGCGGCUGAGGGAACUCAAGCGAGUCACGCUCAAAGUCACCGGCGGCGCCACGGCGACGGCGCUGAGCGCGGAGCCCGCCAAUGGCGGCUGGCGUCUGGAGUGCGGCGCGUGCGGGCGCGACGUGCGCGUGGUGUGGGUGCGCGCGGCGGGGGCGGCGCUGGCGCCCGCCGCGCUGGCGCCCGACCUGGCGCAGCACUGCUGGCGCGCCGUGCUGCACGUGGCGGAGCCCGACGAGGUGUGGUGCGUGGCGGCCGCGGGCCGCUCGGGCGCCGUGGCCGUGUUCCCGCGCCGCGCGGCGCCCCCCUCCCCCGCGCCCGCGCGCCACUCUGUCCGCGCGCUGCACAACGAGGCCGCGCCGCGCGCGCCGCCGCUGCUGCUGCUGCUGGCGGCCGCCCGCCUGCUGCACUGA